UGAGAAAAGAGAGGAUAUUUCCUUAUCAACAACAACAGAAAAUAUCGCGCAACAGAAAAUGAUAUAGCUUUGGCAUCUCCGUAUCUUUAUCAUAUGCUCAACCUUCCGUGAAUAACUUUCUUGAUGUAAAGAGGUUCGAUUUCCCUUGCUUUCCUCACGACUAUUUGAUCAAUCAAUUAGUGGACAUCGUUCGAUUUUCUUUUUGUGGGUUUCGUUGGUCAUCACCGCCUCCAGAAAAGAUUUCCUUUUCAUAUAUAUAUAGGCGAAGAAUUCCCAUCCGGAUUUCGUUUACAACCAGUCGUCUUCCAUUAUCGGACAGAUGAUGGGUAUUGCAAACGAAAGCUGUGAGGAUUCGAGGCCAUUAACUGAAACAAUGGAGAACUAUAGAGUUCGCCCUUCCAAGGAAGGAAAAGGGAAGAAAUUGUGGAAGAAGGUAAAGUAUCAGUUGGUGGAAUACCACUUGUUGCCUGGGUAUCUGAGGGAUAAUGAGUAUAUUUUGGGCCAUUAUCGAGCUGAAUGGCCGAUGAAGCAAACUUUGCUUAGCAUCUUUACCAUCCACAAUGAAACAUUGAAUGUUUGGACGCAUUUAAUUGGGUUCUUUCUUUUCCUUGGUCUGACCAUAUACACCGCAAUGAAGGUUCCGAAGGUUGUUGAUCUCUACUCACUUAAACAUUUUCCUGAUGUGUUAAGAAAGGCUGAUUUGCACAAACUUGGGGAGGAGCUGAAAACAACAUUCCCUUCAAUGAAUAUCUCUAGUUGGCAUGUUGUGGAACUUCUUUAUAAUUGUUUACCCGAGCGAUUCUCCAAUGGAAACUUCACAGAUGCUUGUGUUCUGCGUACUGUGAAGGAAGAUUUGGCAAACAUAAUUGCUCCUCUGAUGGUGAGGCCAAUCACGCGAUGGCCAUUUUUUGCUUUCUUGGGUGGAGCCAUGUUUUGCUUGCUAGCAAGCAGCACAUGCCAUCUCCUCUCUUGCCACUCUGAACGGCUCUCAUACAUCAUGCUGAGGCUUGAUUAUGCUGGAAUUGCAGCUCUCAUUUCUACCUCCUUUUACCCAUCUGUCUACUACUCCUUCAUGUGCUACCCCUUCUUUUGCAAUCUCUACAUGGGCUUCAUAACGGUAUUGGGAAUCAUGACAGUUUUGGCUUCUCUGUUUCCGAUGUUUCAGACCCCUCAAUUCAGAAGCAUCCGUGCUUUGCUCUUUUGUGGCAUGGGCUUGUCAGGUAUAGCUCCUGUUUUGCACAAGGUAAUACUGUUUUGGCACCAGCCAGAGGCACUCCGCACAACUGGUUAUGAGAUCCUGAUGGGGGUUUUAUAUUCUUUGGGAGCACUAGUUUAUGCCACCAGGAUUCCUGAGAGAUGGAUGCCUGGGAAAUUUGACAUUGCCGGGCAUAGCCACCAACUAUUCCACGUAUUAGUUGUUGCUGGGGCGUACACACAUUAUCGUGCCGGGCUUGUUUACCUCAACUGGCGAGACCUUGAAGGUUGUUAGAGAGAGUUUGAUCUUUGAUCAGACGAAGUAUUUCAUUUUGCUGUGAUAUUUUACUUGUACAGGUAGUUUUUUUUGUUUCGUUUUUUUUGAAGAAUAAGUCUUACCUGGAAUGAAACCCAGGUAAGAAAAGGAACAGGACCAGAACUUUGCAAAUGAUUUUCAAUACAGAAAAAGCAGCUCCCUGUUGUUAUUCCUGCUUAUCAAACUGGCAA